GGCCGGCCAUGCGGAGGCGGCCGCGCUGAGCGGGCGGCGGCGGGAUGUGCGAGAGCUACUCGCGCUCGCUGCUGAGGGUGUCGGUGGCGCAGAUCUGCCGCGCGCUGGGCUGGGACUCGGUGCAGCUGGGCGCCUGCCACCUCCUCACCGACGUGCUGCAGCGCUACCUGCAGCAGCUGGGCCGCGGCUGCCACCGCUACUCCGAGCUCUAUGGCCGGACCGACCCGAUUUUAGACGACGUCAGCGAGGCCUUCCAGCUGAUGGGGGUGAGCGUGCAGGAGCUGGAGGACUACAUCCACAACCUAGAGCCUGUCACCUUUCCACACCCCAUUCCUGCCUUUCCUGUGAGCAAGCACAGUGUGCUGCAGUUCCCGCCACCCGGGAGCAAAGAUGCCGAGGAGCGGCGAGACUACAUCCCCGACUACCUGCCGCCUAUCGUGUCCUCCCAGGAAGAGGAAGAAGAGGAGCAGGUGCCCACAGAUGGAGGGACGUCGGCAGAACCUAUGCAGGUACCCUUGGAAGAAGAUGAGGACCUGGAAGAGGAGGAGACCAUCAACGAUGAGAACUUCUUGGGCAAGAGGCCCCUGGACAGCCCCGAAGCGGAGGAAAUGCCCAGCACAAAGCGGCCGCGCCUCCUGAGUACCAAGGGGGAUGUGGCUGAUGCGGCAGUGGUGGAGGUGCGGGAGCCCCUCAGCUCUAUCAACGCUCAGAAGAUCCCCCCAAUGCUGUCGCCAGUGCACGUGUCAGACAGUGGCGACCUUGCCCCACCAUCGCCUGAGCCGCCCAUGUUGGCACCAGUGCCCAAGUCACAGCUGCCGACUGCAAAGCCACUGGACGCCAAGGCCUUCCCCCCGAAAGCCAAGACCAAGACCAGUUCACCAGGACAGAAGACCAAGUCUCCGAAGGCUGUCCCAUCUCCAGCCAUGGCCGGGAGCCCAAUCCGGUCGCCCAAGACUGUGCCCAAAGAGAAGAAGUCCCCUGGACGGUCCAGGAGCCCCAAGAGCCCCAAGGUCGUGUCCCACACGCCCCCGACCCCUGUCCGGCCUGAUACGCCCAACAGGACACCCAUCCCUCCCGUCAUCGAGAAGCCCAAGGAGACCAGCCUGCCCAGCCUGCCACUCAGGCCCAUGCCUGUGCUGCCUGAGGCUGGCAGAGGCAAUGGCGAGAACCCGCCCCGCAAGGUCCCGGGGCCCGACAGGACCAUCGACGCCUCCAUUGAUGCUGUCAUUGCCCGUGCCUGUGCUGAGCGUGAGCCCGACCCCUUCGAGUUCUCCUCCGGGUCUGAAUCCGAAGGGGACAUGUUCACCAGCCCCAAGAGGAUCUCGGCCUCGGAAGGGGCCACCCCCAAGGGCCCUGCGCCGGCCAACAGCUUUGUCAGGUCUGCACCCACCCCACUGCCGCCGUCAGGCGGUACCUCCAGCUCCGACAACUCCUGGACCAUGGACGCCUCCAUAGAUGAGGUGGUCCGCAAGGCCAAGCUGGGCACACCACCCACACUGCCCGCUAGCUUUCCCUACUUGUCUUCACCCUCUGGCUCGCCCCCAACGCCUGAACCACCCCCCAAGGCAUAUGAGGAGAAGGCCAAGCCACCGCCACCACCACCACCACCGCUGCCCAUGGAUGUGAAGAAGAGGCUGAAGAAGGAGCUGAGGACGAAGCUGAAGAAGAAAGAGAAGCAGCGCGAGAAGGAGAGGGAGAGAGACAGGAGCAAGGACAAGGGCAAAGAGCGCGAGCGGCCCAAGGAGCGUGAGCGGGAGAAGGAAGCAGCCAGGGAAGGCCGGUACCCCUGGAAGGACCUGCUCAAGGAAGAGGGCACCGACCCCUACCGGCUCAAGCUCAAGGAGUUCCCAGAAGCAGAUGCCAGAGCCAGGCUCAAAGAUGGACUCCUGCGGCGGGAGCGCGAGAAGCACAAGGACAAGAAGAAGGACCGGGAGCGGGCCAGGAAGGACCGGGACCGGCGGGACAGGGAGAAGGGGCGUGAGCGUGGCCGUGAGGAGAAGCUGCGGCUGGCGGCCACCCCGCUUGUGAACCCCAAGGACGUGGCCCUGGCCCUGGGCGGGCCCCCCACCACUGGCAGGGCCCCUGCCCUGUUCCCCUCUCUCUCGCCCUUGCUCCCCGAAAAACUGUUUGAAGAAAAGGAGAAACCUAAGGAGAAGGAGAGGAAAAAGGACAAGAAGGAGAAGAAGAAAAAGAAAGAAAAGGAGAAGGAGAAGGAGAAGAAAGAGAAGGAGCGAGAGAAGGAGAAGAGAGAGCGGGAGAAGCGUGAGCGGGAGAAGGAAAAGCACCGGCAUGAGAAGAUCAAAGUGGAGCCAGUCGUGCCCGCCCCCAGCCCGGUCAUCCCCAGACUGACUCUCCGUGUUGGCGCCGGCCAGGACAAGAUCGUCAUCAGCAAAGUGGUCCCAGCUCCUGAGGCUAAGGCAGCUCCUGCCCUCAACAGGCCCAAGACACCUCCGCCGGUACCUGUGCCCGCCCCUGUGCCCGUGCAUGUCACCCCUGCACCGCUGCCUCUGCCCCUGCUGGCCCAGGCAGCCACCGCCCCUGCUGUGCUGCCCGCGCCAGGCCCCAACCUUUCAGGAGCCACUAGCGCCAAGGCCCCGGUCCGAAGUGUGGUCACCGAGACGGUCAGCACUUACGUGAUCCGAGACGAGUGGGGCAACCAGAUUUGGAUCUGCCCUGGCUGUAACAAGCCAGACGAUGGGAGCCCCAUGAUCGGCUGCGAUGACUGCGAUGACUGGUACCACUGGCCGUGUGUGGGGAUCACCGCGGCACCCCCGGAGGAAAUGCCAUGGUUCUGCCCCAAGUGCGCCAACAAGAAGAAGGACAAAAAGCACAAGAAGAGGAAGCACCGGGCUCACUGACCACCCCUCUCUACCUUGCGAGGCUGGAGAUCCCGAGCUGCACCCCUGGGAAAUACCCUGGGAAACUGCCGUGGGGCCUCCUGGCGCUGAUUGGAGAGACCUGCUGAGGGGCGGGGACCCCAGGCUCCCCUUUGAUUCCCUUUAUUCUCUCCAGGGCCUGGUCAGAAAGGUGUCAAGAGAAGAUAAUGCGGAAACUACCUUGACUGUAAUUUAAGGAUGAGAUCUUUAGUCAGUGUUCUACAGUUUUCAACCUCUCUUCUGUAGUUAAAAUAAUCUGAAUUACAUAACAGAAAACUCCAAUUGGAGUGUUGGUAAAUAUUUUUGUGAUGAAAAUAUAUGAAACUCCCCAGCCCCCGUUUUUAGUACUAACCUGUAAAAUGUUCAGGCUUUUGUGAAAUACCUUCUAUUUUUUAAGAAAAAGGUUUCUAUCA